AUGGCGCCUCCUGAUGCUCCUAGCACUCAUCUCUCAGCUCCAGCGCCAGCUUCGAGCGGAAAUGUGCAAUAUCAACUAGAAAUCAUGUCCGUCGUAAGGACGGUUUCGGCACUUGGAGUUGGGGGGCUGAAGAUGAUCCAAAUGAGCGGCGUCGACAUUCACACCAUCGCCUGUCUGGAAGCUCUUGGAGAAAUAACGCCAGCGUCCAGCGAAUUCCGUACUAAGGUUCAACAAACCCGCGCUACCCAGCGAUCCAAGAGAUGGCUUCUCCAUGCCCUCGUCGAAUAUGGCUCGGGAACGAACGCUGUGGUGGACCAGCUUCUGACCGUUCGCGCUGGCGAGAACAUCCUGUCGUUGCUGGUUGCCCUGUGCUCCGUCCUCGAUGACGGGGCCAUUGAAGCGCUUUCCGUCCUAUACGACAGACUCAAGAUCCUGCCCAAGAGCAUUCCAAGCAUCAGCCAGCUCCAGAGGGUGCGCCAAGUCUGUUUGCCUCUGACAAGGAUGAUGGACUUCAAGGACCGCGUCCUCUGGGCCCAUCAACACAUACUCGAGUCUGCCUUUGCGCAGAGACCGGAUUUCGUGCCUACAGAAGCCGUGCCUGGGAGUAAAGCAAUUGCAGAGCUGGUCAUCGCCUAUAGCAGAGAAGUUCUGGGCCUAGGCGUCUGCAUCGUCGGCGCGGACGACGCCAUUAUCCCCAUGAACUGCAGCUACGAGACUGCCUCGGUCGUCGUGCUCCCAACCCACAAUGGCGGGGAGGCAGAGAGAUUGCAACAUCUGGAAGCUCCGACAGACAUUAUUGUUCUGUCCAGGGACCAACAGAAGAUAGAUGCCAUGAGCUGGUAUGUGACUUGUGGAGAAGGCGGCAGCGACUUCUUUCAGGUAAUGGCUGGAUGGAACGUCCGGGACCGCCUGGAGCUCGGCAAUUUGACUUUCUCGAUAGCAAAGGAGUAUGUCGAACACCGUAUACAUACGGGCGACAGGGCCUAUGCCCUCAAAGGAACUCUAUACUACGCCCUUAGCCUCGAAGACACCCUCCAAAACCUCCGCGUCAUUCUUGGACUGCUGGGCUUACCGGGUCCUCUCAGCUUCAUACCAGAUUGGGAGGAAGAGCACUUCACCGAAAGCGAUCCCAACGAGAGGGACAGCCGGCUGGUGCUCAAACUCUUCUCCAGAAUGGAGCAGGAUUGGGGAAACCCAGCCUUCUGCCACAAAUGUCCGGGAGUUCCGCGCUUCCGACCUGAAGAACUCAGCAGUUUUCCCAACUUCUGCGUUCCCUGCAAGCUCCGGGACGCUGUCCUUGGAAUUGCAUAUCGCGCCUCUUGCCUAGCAUUCACCGACUGGGCCGCACACAACAGGCACAUGUCGCUAAGACGGGGGCUAGGGGCCUUUCGCUACUUCACUCUUCACGAUAGCGCUAUCAAACGUAUUACUCUCAACGAGGAGGUACUUCUCGAGGAGCUUAUGACGGUUCUAUCAGGCACCCACAACGCGUUGGACAGGAUGUACUGUGUCAAGAAGAAGUUCAUAGGGGUGGACUUGGACGGUGUACUUCUGCUUAACCGCCGAGCCGUCGAACCGAACCUCGAGCCCGGACCCAUCUUCAUCAUCCGAGAGGGAGAGUUCUCCCUCAAUGGUGAACGCAGGCAGUAUAUUGAACAAUCGCGUUGGUACGCAAAUAUCAGCACGGCUCCUCCGUAUGAUUUCAUGUCAGACCCAGGCGACGAUCACGAGCCAGUAGAGAUGGGCAUGCGCACAGUGACAGCAGAAGCGCGCAACUGGGAAAAGGAGUGA